GACGACUUUGUGCAGGGUGAUAGCGAUGGAGGAGCGUUGGUUCAGGCGGCUCCUGGACCGUUAACAAACGGACAGAACGACGGGGCCGCUGCAUUCAGCAUAUGGACGGAAAAGCUUCGUAAAGAUGUUCGGUGCCGGCUCCAGCGGGAGAUUUCCAAAUUGCAGACGGUGAAAUUAUUGAUGGAAUUCUUUGAGGAGUGACUUGUGCUGUGGAUAAAGGGAGCCUGAUGAUCUCUUGUUCUUGGCUUUCCUGAAGGCAUUUCACAAGGUACCAUGGAAAAGGAUAUUAGAAGGAGAGAAUUUACAGUCGGGAAACUGCAACCGAUCAGGAUUUCAGAGUGUCCCAAUUUGGUGUAACCUGAAUCUCGUUGGGUUUUGAACAUGGAAGGAGAAUACACUGUUGACAGCGGUGAGAAACUGUACAUGUGUGACGUGUGUGCACGAGCAUUCAGCCGAUCAUCUGACCUCUCGAAACAUAAACGGAGUCACAAGGAGAAACUGUGGAAAUGUGGGGACUGUGGGAAUGGAUUCAGAUCCUCGACUGAACUGGAAAUUCAUCGGCGCAGUCACACUGGGGAGAAACCAUUCUCCUGCUCUGAAUGUGGCAAGGGAUUCAGUCAGAAAUCCCACCUGCAGAGACACCAGCGAGUUCACACUGGGGAGAGACCAUUCUCCUGCUCUGAGUGUGGGCAGGGAUUCACUAAUUCCUCCAACCUGCUGAUACACCAGCGAGUUCACACUGGGGAGAGGCCGUUCAUCUGCUGUACGUGCGGCAAGGGAUUCACUUUGGCUUCCAGCCUCCAGACUCAUCAACGAAUUCAUACUAGGGAGAGGCUAUUCACCAGCUCCUAGUGUGGGGGGGGGGGAUUCCCUGACACAUGUAGCUUGAUGACACAUUGGUGAAUUCACACUGAUGAGAGAGUGUUUACCUGUUCCUACUGUAGGACAGUGUUGAGUCAAUUCAGAUAAACGACUGUACAUCAGCAGACUGCCUGUGGAGAAGCUGAGUAAGGGGAUUCACUGAAUCUGCCACCUUGUGGACAGUUCACACUGGGGAGAGGCUGUUCACUUUCUCUGUGUCAGGGAAGGGGUUCAUUGAGUUAUGAAAACUGCUGAAAUGUCAGUGAGAUCCUGAGUAACUGCUGUGAUGAAGGAUGUAUAAUUUAUAUAAAUUCCAGUUUGGAAGUUGGCUUUUAUAA